GGUUUAUAUUUUUGCACUGAUGCUUAUGGAGAUGCCUUAAUUAUAUUUUAGUAAAUAUAGCACUUAUCAUAAUAAACAAUGGUAAGGACCUUCUCCGUGUCAGGUUGCCAGACGAUGAGCUGCUGGGCUGGCAUCGACCCGGAGGCGUCUCCUCUGUCAGGUCACCGUGGAGAGGAAGACUGGAGGCUGCUGUCCGUGGUGCUGAAGCUGUCAGGACCGAGUCUUGCAGAACAUGGGUAGCAUGCGCGGUACAACUAAUUGAAGACCUGAAUGGAGCCUAAGGCGACCAACUUACUGCCAGCCCAGGAGGCUUCUAAAAUCUACCACACCAACUAUGUGAGGAACUCCCGAGCCAUCGGCGUCAUGUGGGCCAUCUUCACCAUCUGCUUCUCCAUCAUCAUCAUGGUGGUGUUCAUCCAGCCCUUUUGGAUCGGCGACAGUGUGAACACGCCACAGGCGGGUUACUUUGGCCUCUUCCACUACUGCAUCGGCAACGCUCUGACCUCGGAGCUCAUCUGCAAAGGAUCCGUGUUCGCAUUCGGCACCAUUCCCUCCGCAGCCUUCCGGACCGCCAUGUUCUUCAUAGGAACCUCCAUGCUGCUGAUUGUCGGGACCAUCGUGUGCUUCAGUCUGUUCUUCUUCUGCAACGCUGGGAACGUCUACAAGAUAUGUGCCUGGAUGCAGCUCGCCUCGGCGGGGUUGAUGGUGGGGGGCUGCCUGAUCUACCCGGACGGCUGGGACGCUCCGGAGGUGAAGAGGAUGUGCGGCCUGAUGACGGACAAGUACACGCUGGGGAACUGCACCGUGCGCUGGGCCUACAUCCUGGCCAUCAUCAGCAUCCUGGACGCCCUGAUGCUGUCCCUCCUGGCCUUCACCCUGGGGAACCGGCAGGACAAGCUGGUGUCCGAAAACGCUGGGGAGGCGGAGGGCCAAGCAUAAUUUGUAUUGAUCUUCAAAGCCAAGGAGGACAAAGAAAGUGCUGAUGCAUUUGAUCUCUUAUUAAACUCUGAACUCUGAAAUCUGAAACUGAUUACAAAGGUAAAGAAGAAUAACCAAUGGCCAUAUAUCUUCUUCCCGCCUUAUGUUUUCUUCUAAAUCUGCAGUAAAAAGCAAUUUUGUACCAUCGCGCAAUUUGUAUUUUUUUCAUUAGGCAUAUUACUUGAUUUUGAUUGAGUAAAUACAUGUCAAAUUAGAGUGGAUGCCAAAGGAAUUCCAUAAAUCACAUCUAAUUGUGUUAUUAAGUCCUAACAAGGUGUGCAUUGAGCCUCAGAAAACGAUGUUUCAUGCAAUCUCCUGAAAUUUCAGUCCAUCGAUUUCCUUCUAUUCCUUCCUCCUCUCAUUUAAUGGAUGGAGUCUAUUUUCCCUGCAGACCAUAUUGACAAUUAAGGCUAAGUAGACAUUAGGGUGACCAAUUACGGUACACUCACGUGGCCAAGCCAGUGACCAAUUAUCGUACACUCACGUGGCCAAGCCAGUGACCAAUUACCACACACUCAUAUUAUGGAGGCAGUGCAGCUGAACGAAGAUGCAGCGUAUCGGAUUUACAAACCACAGAAAAUCUUGGUGUGGACUCAGAACCCACCCCCAUAAGCCCCGAGUCUUUCCAACACUAUUUAUUAGCAGACUUUGAGAUGUUUAAUAAUCUACUUUCCCAUGAAAAUUAUUUUAGUCUAUGCUUCUUAUGAGGACAUGUUUCAAUCCAACAACGGUUAUGAAUUGUUUCUUCUCCACAUAAUGCACAACCCCAAAUAAGGUUUUAUUAGUUUGUAGAUUAGUUAAAGGUGACAUAUUAUACCACCUGGUGUGAGUGUGAUUAGCAGUUACAAGCCGUUCUUCUGCGUCUUCUGACAUCACUAGUGGGCGUGUCCACCAAGAUGUGUGCUGGAUAGAUCAGUUUACCAGCCUACCCAGUGGACUGAAGCAAACGUUAAGGUGGACAAGCCCGCUAGUGAUGUCAGAAGACACAGAUUUUCAAUGGCUUGUAACUGCUAAUCACACUCACACCUGGUGGUAUAAUAUGUCCACUUUAAACACAAAAAACAUGGCCAAAAGAGAACGAAGUCCCUGUGCACAGCCUUUUGAUUCUCAGGUGCUGCAGAUGUGCAGUCAACAAUAGUAUAUUAAGUCAAAUGAGUGUCAAAUCACCGCACACAGGUAGAAGACGAUAAGCUGAUUUAUUUUGUGAACAAAAUAAAAUCAGCUUAUACCAGUGUGCGGUGAUUUAACACUUCUUUGACUUAAUAUACUAAAAACCUGGCCUUUUUGUCUUUACCGCCAAAGCCAAGACUAAAGG